AUGGCCACCAAGGACAGACUCCUCAAACUCUAUGCUGGAGGCCAGCAUGUCACUAUGUCGCCUGAAAAACUAAACGAUGUAUAUUCAUUGAGCAAACAAUUCACGGCACUUCUUACGUCCAGUAAGAAUUCCUAUUGUUCCGAAAUUGAAUACUUCCAGCUAAUGGAGCUCCAGUUCUACCUAGCUCUACAGACAAACCACGAUGUGGAGGCAAAAAAAUGCAUGGAUAUCAUGACAGACAGAUUCAAUAUCAAUGAAUCGGAAAAGCUGAUUGGGCUGAGAGCUUUGUACUUGCAGGCAACUGUAGGAAACGAACAAGCCUUUCAAUUGUUGAAGCAAUCGGGAGAGAUAGCCACUCGUGGUUCCACAUUGGAAAACACAUCUGAAGAUUUAUUACAUUUGAAGAAAAGAGCUGUUCUGGUUCAUCAAAAUGAUCCUCCGGAGAAAUACGUUGAGAUGUUGCUUAAGUUUUCAGAAGUGACUCCUCUGGAUACUUCUGUAUGGAAAGAGUUGGCUGAUCAAUAUAUUAAGCUUAAUCAUUAUGACAAGGCAAUUAAUUGUCUCCAAGAGAUCUUAUUAAUACAACCCUUUGCUUACAAUAUCAUAGCACUACUUGCUGAAACAGAACUACAGUAUAUCAAACAGUUAGAAUCAGAGUUGAAAGGUCCAGGAGCAUACGUAAUCAAGGACAAGUUGAGAGAGGUUAGAAUCUCAUGCCGAAGACAUUUUCUACGGAGUGUGGAAUUAUGCAGUAACUAUGCCCGAGGUUGGUCAGGCGUAUUAGCUGUGACAAGUCAAGAAAUCUCACCCCAGAGAGACACCACUGAGGUGAAACUACACCAUUUGGCUACCCAAAGAUUGAAAGAGAUUCAAGAGAAAAAGUUGAGCAGUGACGAAAACUUGAAGUAUGUCACUCCUAUCCUCACAAAGUAUCAAUCAUAG